UGGCGCAUCGGACGGUUAACGUAACUAAACGAUUUCCUUGAAGAAGACGAUCACGGCGUCUUUAACUCACCUCCCUGAAUUUUGCUGCCACUCUUGCGAGAGUUUCCUCGUCCAUAGUUGUGAUUCUCUCUGCUGCAUCGACCUUCUGCGAUAAUCUUCAGGUGAGAGAAGAUGGGGAAGGAGAAGGUGCACAUCAACAUCGUGGUGAUCGGUCAUGUGGACUCCGGGAAGUCGACGACAACGGGACACUUGAUCUACAAGCUGGGAGGGAUCGACAAGCGUGUGAUCGAGCGUUUCGAGAAGGAGGCGGCGGAGAUGAACAAGCGGUCGUUCAAGUACGCGUGGGUGCUGGACAAGCUGAAGGCGGAGCGCGAGCGGGGUAUCACGAUCGAUAUCGCGCUGUGGAAGUUCGAGACGGUGAAGUACUACUGCACUGUGAUCGACGCGCCCGGGCAUCGCGAUUUCAUCAAGAACAUGAUUACGGGAACGUCGCAGGCGGAUUGCGCGGUGCUGAUCAUCGACUCGACGACGGGAGGUUUCGAGGCCGGUAUCUCGAAGGAUGGUCAGACUCGGGAGCACGCGUUGCUGGCGUUCACGCUGGGAGUGAAGCAGAUGAUCUGCUGCUGCAACAAGAUGGACGCGACGACGCCGAAGUACAGCAAGGCCCGAUUUGAUGAGAUCAGCAAGGAGGUGUCGGCGUACCUGAAGAAGGUGGGGUACAACCCGGACAAGAUUCCGUUCGUGCCGAUUUCGGGGUUCGAGGGUGACAACAUGAUCGAGCGAUCGACGAACUUGGAGUGGUACAAGGGGCCAACCCUGCUGGAGGCACUGGACAACGUGUCGGAGCCGAAGAGGCCAUCGGACAAGCCGCUGCGGUUGCCGCUGCAGGACGUGUACAAGAUUGGAGGUAUUGGAACUGUGCCAGUGGGUCGUGUGGAGACAGGGGUGAUCAGGCCGGGUAUGUUGGUGUGCUUCGCACCGACUGGACUGACGACGGAGGUGAAGUCGGUGGAGAUGCACCACGAGUCGAUGCCGGAGGCGCACCCGGGUGACAACGUGGGGUUCAACGUGAAGAAUGUGGCGGUGAAGGAUCUGAAGAGAGGGUAUGUGGCAUCGGAUUCGAAGAACGACCCCGCAAAGGAGGCAGCCAACUUCACUGCCCAGGUGAUCAUCAUGAACCACCCGGGACAGAUCGGGAACGGGUACGCGCCAGUGCUGGACUGCCACACAUCCCACAUUGCGGUGAAGUUUGCGGAGAUAUUGACGAAGGUGGACAGGCGAUCGGGCAAGGAGCUGGAGAAGGAGCCGAAGUUUUUGAAGAACGGAGACGCAGGGUUCGUGAAGAUGAUUCCGACGAAGCCGAUGACUGUGGAGACAUUCGCUGAGUACCCACCACUGGGACGUUUCGCGGUGCGUGACAUGAGGCAGACGGUGGCAGUGGGAGUGAUCAAGGCCGUGGAGAAGAAGGAACCAACCGGUGCCAAGGUGACGAAGGCCGCUGCGAAGAAGAAGUGAAUGAGAGGGGGGAUGUGGGAAGGUGGGGGUUAUGGGGGUGGUGUAGAAGUGAGGGGCAUAUGUUUUUGUUCGGUGCGCUGGGCGGAAGCGCGGCAGAGGCAGAGUUGGGUACUAGAUAGGAGAUGGCGAGGGCGAGAUGUAGGAAGGCGAGUGACGCAAUUGUAAUAAAGAUUGUGAUGAUUUGGUGGCAAA